GCUCGCUCCAAGAACGCUUGCAGCAUCAACGAGCAUUCACUCGGGGACUCGAACUCAGCACUUAUAUCUGGGAAGGCCAAAGACUCUAGGUUGGGAGCCACGGACAGAAUCAAAGCCGUCAGUGCCUGCGGGUAAACAGGCAGAUGUUUCUUGGUGCCUUUCUUUCCUCUUGGCGGAGGCCGUUUCAUUUCUCACGGAACUCUUGUGCCAUAUAUGAGUGAAUAUUCUAUACAUUGCGUAUGGCAGUGGUCAGCUGUCAGUUCCUUUACCCCAGAUUUCACUCCUUUGUUCACCUUGACUGAGCCAGUAGUGUAUCUCCCCAAGCACAAUAUGCAAUCCUGGUGGGGAGCCUAUUGUUCUUCGGCUGGAGUUCAUUGUUCUCCAAACAUUCAUCCCAGAUGCUCUCUCCUGUAGCUUAAAUAUCCACCCUUCCACCAAAAAUACGAAGCUCAACUGCGUCAGGGUAAUGAACAAAUAUCAAGACGGAGAUAGAGAACAAGAACAGCACAACCGGGGCAGGACAAACAUGCAAGAUGUCAACCAUGAAAGCAUUCCAACUCGACGACGUGCAAAGUGGCCUCCAGUUGAGGACCGUAUCACGUCCCCGACCAGAGCAAGGGCAAGUGGUCAUCCAGAUCAAAGCAGCUGGUCUGUGUCACUCCGACUGUUUCAUCCUCCGGGACGAUCAAUACAACAUGAUCAUGAAACGACCGAUCGUACUAGGUCAUGAAGUUGCCGGGACGGUCGUCGAACUCGGUCCAGGGAUCUCAGAUUAUGAAGUCGGGGACAGGGUCGUGGCUGGAAUCCCCACGCAUCCCGUGUCUCAGGACAGCUUUUUCAAAGCUAUUGGGCUCGGCUAUGAUGGCGGUUAUGCACAGCAGGCCAUGGCUUGGGUGGACAAUCUUGUUCGGAUUCCGUCCGGCGUCUCUUUCGCACAGGCCGCGGUCGCGACCGAUUCAAUCGCGACUGCCUAUCACGCCGUGAUCACGGAAGGCCGUGUCGGUCCCGAUAGCACCGUGGCUAUUGUGGGGCUGGGCGGAUUAGGUCUGCCUGCCAUUCAGAUUGCUACUAUUCACGGAGCUCAGGUGUACGCGGUGGAUAUUGAUGAGACCAAACUUCCUCUUGCUCGAGAGUUAGGGGCAGUCGGGUGCGCCAACGGACUUGAUGACUUGGGUGAUAUCGCGUUUGAUACAGUGGUUGACUUUGCUGGUGCUGGCAUAACGACUGCGGCAGCAGUGAACGCUGUCAAGCCAUGCGGUCGCGUGAUAGUAGUUGGUCUGGCGACGAAGCAGAUGAAUUUGGAUACACAUGCUGUGAUUACCAGGAACAUUACCCUGCAGGGGUCCAUCGGGUCUAGUCUGGAAGAGUUAAAGGAGGUCUUAAGGCUCAUCGCCGACGGUCGCCUUUCUCCCAUUUUAGAGGAGAUUCCUUUCGACAGUAUUCCACAUGGACUUGAGCGAUUGGCGCAAGGAAAAGUGACUGGCCGUUUGUUCACUGAUCCGACGGCAUCUGAUCAGCGGUGACUUAGAAGUACGGUUUCUUGGUCCGUAGGAGGACACGGAAAUACUGGCAAAAGGGCUGCUUGAGUCGAAACUACUAUGUACAUGUAGUUUCCCCACGGACAAAUACCGAGGUCAGCCCCGUGUGGGAAACCUAACCUUACUAUGAAUUAGAGGUAUAAUAGUUGUGGAAGGUGACUAGGUGUAAGUUGUAACUGUUGAACCUCGCCUCUCAUGUCUGAUACACGCACUCAGUGUCUGGUCUUGGGGUUGUUGACAAUGUUCACACUCAUCACCAAUGGCACAUACGCCAGCAUGGCUGUAUAUCAUGAAAUGACAAGAAGAACAACAACACAUCCAUCCAUCCAUUCUUUCAAAUACUUCCACCUCCAGAUUCUCCUCAACUCGUCCUCUUCU